UUGUCCACUCGCCUGAGGGAACGUCACUGCUGCGGCUGGAGCGAGCGCUGAAUGUAUCUCGCUCCCGCGCGAGAUUAGAGCAGGCCGGGGUUAAGAUGGCGGCGCCCGUGCUCAGAGUGUCUGUGCCGCGGUGGGAGAGCGGGGCCCGGUACGUGGUGUGCGUCCUCGGCAUCGUCCUGGCCCUCUAUGCCUUCCACGUGGAGAGGGAGAAGGAGAGGGACCCCGGUUACCAGGCCAUGUGUGACAUCAGCGAGUGGGUGCGCUGCUCCAGUGUCCUCUCCUCCAGAUGGGGUCGUGGAUUUGGACUUGUGGGUUCCAUUUUUGGAAAGGACAGUAUAAUGAAUCAGCCAAACAGUGUCUUUGGAUUUAUAUUUUAUUUACUACAGAUGCUGCUUGGUAUGACAGUAAGUGCUGUAGCAGCAUUAGUGCUAAUGUCCUCUUCUAUAGUAUCAGUGGCAGGGUCCCUCUACCUGGCAUAUAUCCUGUACUUUGUGCUGAAGGACUUCUGUGUUAUCUGUGUCGCCACUUAUUUGCUGAACUUCAUUCUCCUUAUCAUCAACUACAAACGACUAGUUUACUUGAAUGAGGCCUGGAAACAGCAGCUGCAGGAUAAACAAGAAUAAGAGGCCUCUUGAACUUUGACUCAUGUCUGAAGGACACUGCUUCCUUAAUGUUUUAUUUUGCAGUACACUUUUUUUUUUUUUUUAUUGGUUGGGGGAAAGACAGUUUCCAAGAUAAAGAACAAUCUUAACCAAAUUUUUUUUUUAUUUUUUGACUGAAAGGGCCCUGGAUAUGUAUUUGCUAUUGCACCUCGUAAUUGACAUGGAUGAAGGCGUGAUCAUUUAAGAAUCUGUGACAAGCUUUAACUGUACUUAACAAGGUGUUUUGAAUGGCACAUUGUCUUUUUGCAGCAAAUUUUCUUCUUGUGCCUCCCUCUGGUCAGUGUAUGUUUGAGUGUCAAACCUCUAAUGCGGGUAAUGUUUGGGGGUGUAUUUUUUAUUUAUGUGGCUAAUUGGCUGGAUAUUCUGUUGCCAUGCUUCUGUGGAUACUCUAGCCAUUUUAUGUUUGCAGAAAGCAAAUGAACACCUUUUUAACCUUUCACUUGCUUGUCAUUACCACAGCCAUAUGGGUUUUGCCACGCUGGAGAAAUGUUCCACAAGGAUACCCUCUCUACAUCAUUCUUGCACUAGUUUCAGAUCAAUCUGAAUUUUACAAGGUAUCUGUCCUGUCUCAUUACAAUUGAUCGACACCUUCUGCAGUCUGACGAUGUAAGGUUUCAUGCAAAGUGGGAAUAUACAAGCGAGUUUGAAGGAAGCCGACGUGUUUUUUUUUUUUUUUUU